AGGUAUGAGAGCAGUGGGGCGUGGCGCCGGUGGACCUGGAGCGUGCGCAGGCACAGGGAGGCGCUACGGCAUUAAUGGCGGAAGUGGAUCUAGCUGCCGAGUUCCCUCAGCCGGCCGGUGUUGCGCGCUGGGCCGAAGUUAUGGCUCGCUUCGCGGCUAGGCUGGGAGCGCAGGGCCGGCGGGUGGUGUUGGUCACGUCAGGCGGCACCAAGGUCCCACUGGAAGCGCGACCAGUGCGCUUCUUAGACAACUUCAGCAGCGGGCGGCGCGGGGCAACCUCGGCCGAGGCCUUCCUGGCCGCGGGAUACGGAGUCCUGUUCUUGUGCCGCGCUCGGUCCGCUUUUCCCUUUGCCCACCGCUUCCCGCCCCAGACGUGGCUGUCGGCUCUACGGCCCACCGACUCAGCUCAUUCAGGCCUGCUGUGCCUGGAGGCCGAAGAGAAGGCACUCCCGGGCUUCGCUGCAGCCUUGCGGAGCUACCAAGAGGCUGCGGUUGCCGGCACUUUCCUUGCGGUAGAAUUCACCACUUUGGCGGACUAUUUGCAUCUGCUGCAGGCUGCGGCCCUGGCACUCAGUCCGCUAGGCUCCUCUGCGAUGUUCUACCUGGCUGCGGCUGUGUCAGAUUUCUAUGUUCCUGUCUCUGAAAUGCCUGAACACAAGAUCCAGUCAUCUGGGGGCCCACUGCAGGUGGAAAAUUAUGCGAACCGUGUCUGCAACUUAACAGAGAAAAGAGAAAAAUUUUCCCAUGGUUAUGAAAAGAAAAAUGAACAGCUUAGACAUGAGUUUAAAGUACUCCAACUCAAACAGGAAGCCCAACUAAAGGAGGUUGAAGAAAUGUUAUAUCAAGAAGGCUUGUCUGAAAUAGCAAUGAGCAGCCCCAGUGAACAGAUUGCAUAUUUACUGGUGGAGAGAAGUACACUCUUGAGGAAACUAGAACUUAUGGACCCCGAGCCAGAAUCACAAAGAUGUAUGAGCAGUAAACUACAGAAAGAAUUUCCACAGUCCUAUAGUAAAGAUCUAGAAACAGAUAAAACGUCACAAAACAGCCUAGAGAGCGAUGUGGAACAAGCAGCAAAGACAGGGAUGGCUCAUGAAGAGAUCCGAAGGCUCACUGAUGAAGUGAAAGAGAAAGAGCAGAGUAAAUUAGAUUCUGCGCUUCAGAUGGCUCAACUAGAAAUAGAGAAAUUGAAAGAAAAUUUGAUAAAACUAAAAGAAAAUGAUUCAGUUGACCUACAGAAAGCAAAGGAACAUAAUCAGAGACUGAAUGAGGAAAUUCUGGCUUUAAGAAAUCGGGUUAGAUCACUUGACUCGGAAAAAAAAAUGCUUGAAGAAGAGGUUGAAAGACUUAAAGGAGAGAUUCAUGAAUCUCAGGAGAAUGAGCAAGUUGGAAACCACUCCCCUGGAAAAAUUGUGGGUACCCAACAGAAAGUACAGUAUUCAUCAUCUGGAGAAAAACUAAAAUACCAGCAGCAAGACGAACUACAACAACUUCGCCAGAAUUUGCACCGGCUCCAGAAUCUGUGCAACUCAGCUGAAAAGGAGCUUCGAUAUGAACGAGGAAAGAACUUGGACUUAAAGCAACAUAAUAGCUUACUUCAGGAAGAAAGCAUUAAGAUAAAAAUUGAACUAAAGCAGGCCCAGCAGAAGUUAUUAGAUAGUGCAAAGAUGUGCUCUUCUCUCACGGCAGAAUGGACGCACUGUCAGCAGAAAAUCAAGGAACUGGAGCUGGAAAUACUUAAACAGGCUCAGAGCAUUAAAUCACAGAACAACCUACAGGAAAAGCUGGCUCAGGAGAAGUCUAAAGUUGCUGAUGCAGAGGAAAAGAUUUUGGAUCUGAAGCAGAAAUUAGAACAUGCUCAGAAGGUCUGUCUCACAGACACUUGUAUUUUGGGGAAGAAGCAACUAGAGGAAAAAAUAAAAGAAGCAAUGGAAAAUGAAGCUAAAGUAAAGCAACAGUAUCAGGAAGAACAACAGAAGAGGAAACUCCUAGAUCAGAACAUAAAUGAGCUGCAAAGGCAAGUGAGAAUUUUACAGGACAAAGAGAAUCGACUGGAAGUGACCAGUUCUCAGCAACAAUUCAGAAUUCAACAACAAGAGACCCUACUUAAACAACUGGAAAAUGAAAAAAGAAAAUCUGAUGAGCAUCUCAAGAGCAACCGGGAAUUGUCAGAGAAGUUGUCUGGGUUGCAGCAAGAGAAGGAAGCUCUGUGUGAAGAAUAUGGGCAAUUUUUGAAGCAGCUUGAUGUCCAUGUGAGAAACUACAAUGAGAAACAUCAGCACCAGAAAACCAAGCUUCGCAGAGUCAAGGAUCGUUUAGUUCACGAAGUCCAUCUACGAGAUGAGAGAAUUAAACAGCUUGAAAAUGACAUUGGAGCACUGCAACAACAAAUGGAAAAGGAGAAGGCAUUCCAGGACCAGAUCACCACCCAGAAUGAUAUCCUGCUCCUAGAAAAAAGGAAACUUUUAGAGCAACUCACAGAGCAAGAAGAAUUGAUCCAUGGCAACAAAUCGAUAAUAUCUUCAGUGCAGAGCAGAGUACUUUUCCUGGAUAAAGAAAAUAAGCAAUUACAGGAAAACAGUCUCCGGCUCACACAGCAGGUCGGCCUUUUAGAGCGCAUUAUAAGGAGCAUGCAGAUUCGCAGAGGAGAGGAAACAACAAUUAGUGAAAUCCCUGAAUUUGAAGUAUUGAAUAAGAUAGUGCCUUUACCAAAUUCCAGUUUUUCAGGAACAGGUUUGGUAGAGUCAGUUGGAAGUCUUCAAGAGAUUGAAGAACAUAAGUCACAAGAAGCAAUGGCAAAGCCAAAGUCCGCUGAGUCUCUUUCAUGUUCACAGAGUUCUGAAGUUGGAUACAUAAAUGUGGCUUCUUUGAAAUAAACACACAGCAUCCAAGAACAAGACCAAAAGUCAGAACUAUAAAAUCACUGAUGUCUAAAACUAUACUGAAGUUUGGACAUGAGGUGGAACUUGACAUGGAGAAGAGUUACCACACAUCUCCACUGGACAUCAACCUGGAGUCUUAAAAAUCGCUGAUAAAUUCAUUAAACCAGUUCAAAACAUAGAUUUCUCAAUUUUGUUUGAUGUCCUCAAAUGCCUUGUAUUGAUCAAUAUAAUGACUUAAGUUAAAUGAUUUAAUUAGGUUUCUGUUCAGCAGAGGACAUAUAUGGUCAAUUCAGCAUUCUUUCCCACUAUCACAGGUAUUUUUUUCUUGUUAUUCUUUUCAUUGUAAAAACAAUAUAAUAACAUUAAAGCAAGUAUUUCAAAAAGAAAAAAAUCUCUUACAAUCCCACAUUCUUAA